CACAAACCAUAUAACUGGUCCACUAUGCUACAUUAAAUUCACCACCUCACUCUACACACUUUUGCUUCAUAUCAUCCAUUUCUCUGAAUCAUAGCCAUUCUUCUCAUCAUUAUUCAAUGCAACCUCUUUGUAAGUUUGGGCUAAAACCUAGACACUAAUACUGCUUCCUUUGUCCUCACAUCUCACCUUUUCUCUUAAAAAAUAACUCAUAUUGUUCUCCAUUGGGUGCAUUAGUACUUUGAAACUAGAAAUUGAGAUAAGAGAGAAAAACAUGGGCCAUCACUCUUGCUGCAACAAGCAGAAGGUCAAAAGAGGGUUAUGGUCACCUGAAGAAGAUGAAAAACUCAUCAACUACAUCGCAACUUUUGGACAUGGUUGCUGGAGCUCUGUCCCUAAACUUGCAGGCCUUCAAAGGUGUGGAAAGAGUUGCAGAUUAAGAUGGAUAAAUUAUCUGAGACCUGAUUUGAAACGUGGAAGUUUCUCUCCUCAAGAAGCAGCCCUCAUUAUCGAACUCCACAGUAUUUUAGGCAACAGGUGGGCUCAGAUAGCCAAACACCUACCAGGAAGAACAGAUAAUGAGGUGAAAAACUUUUGGAAUUCAAGCAUAAAGAAGAAAAUACUUGCUCAUGAUGCUAUUCCACCUUUGGCCACAUUUUCUGAUUUUCACAGCCAAGGCAAUAUUGGUUCCAUGGAAAGUUUAUUCCCUUUUACUGCUACAAACCCUAAUGUGAUCCUAAACUUUCAUCAUCACCCUGACCAGCUCUACGUUCCCACACCAUCCCCAAUCCUACAAGGUCUUGAUCAUAGCAAUGAUAUCAAGUUUGACAUUAACAAUUACAAUGCUAAUUUCCUUCAUAUUCAGAAUCCAAUACCAGAAAUAGUUCUUCCAUCGUCUUAUGAAGAUACAUGGUCAUUGGGUUAUGUACCUCUACAUCUCAAUCCAACUCAAGAAAAUCAAAUCUCCAAAAGUGACACCACCUCAUAUUAUGUUGUUGACAAAUUCAUCAACCCAACUCCAUUGCAGCAAUACGAUCCAUGUCACUCAGUAGAACCAACUGAGCCAAAAUUAGUCAGUGAGAGCAUUGAGGACUAUGUUUGUACCAUCCCAUACUCAUCUGCUUCACAGGAGCAACAUGAUGCCACAGCAAAAUUUCAGUAUUAUCCACAAGAUCUAGCAGUGGCAGCGAAUCAAUUAGAGAACAACAUUGAUGCCUUCGUGUCUUCACUGCCAUCUUCAACAACUUCAUCGGUAUCAAGCAGCCAAAUAGUCAAAAACCCUAUUAUUCCUUCAGGAUGGGAGGCUUGAACAUUGGUACUAUAUAUAGAUAUGAAUUUAAUUUUAUCUAUUUAUAGUAUAUUUAAUUUAAUAGUGGGGGAAUCUCUUAAAUGAUCAAUGAGCUCAAUUGUUUCCAUGCAUUAAUUGUUUCUUGAACUUUUGCACAAAAGUGUAGAUCUUCUUUUAUUGGUAAACCUGAACCUUGCUAGUUCAGGGGUUUCUUCCUUUAAUCGAUGUCUGCUGAAGUUCCAUAAAUGUGUCUAGGUUCUUUCACAUAUUUGUCACCUAAUACUAUAUAUGAAUUAUUGAUGCAGAGCUACAUGUAUAUGUUUGUUCACCAAUCAUGUGCCUAGCUAGUUGUGUACUUUAACUCAUAGUUCCAUUGCUUCCUCUCUCUCUCUCUGUGAUUAAUGGAUGACGAUGCCCAACAAAGACAAAAGACGUACACAUCAUGGUCAACUCGAUCGAGGACAAAGUGUCCUUAAAAAAGUGUCACCUAGGUUGG